UACUAUUAAUUAAUUAAGACAUUAAUUUCGCUCUCUUUAAAAUCAAGAAAAUGGUGAAGGGAAGUGGCAGUGCAGCGUUUGGGAUUGUGAUGGCGUGUUUAUUGUUGCUCCAUUCUGAGCUGAGUGAAGCCACAACUUACACAGUUGGCAAUUCUGAUUCUAAUGGUUGGACAUAUAACGUCGCUAACUGGCCUAAAGGAAAGAGUUUUAAGGCCGGUGAUGUUCUCGUAUUCAACUAUGAUCCAGCCCUCCAUAACGUGGUGGUGGUAAACAAGAGAGGUUACAAAAAUUGCACAACCCCGAAAAACGCCAAAGUGUAUCAAACAGGAAAUGAUCAGAUCACGCUUGCCCAAGGAAAUAGCUAUUUUAUCUGCAAUUUCCCAGGCCACUGCGAGGCUGGAAUGAAAAUAGCGGUUACUGCUGGCUAGUUUUUAGUCGAGUUAAUAAACAAGAGUGGUGUGCUUUAUAUCUGUAUUGUACUUAAAUAAAUGGCGACUUAUUAUAAGCAUGGCUUAUGUAUGUAUGUGGUUUUGUAUUUUGUUUCGAGGAAAUUAACUCUUGAAAAUCUUUGAAGAAAAUAGAAAUACAUUAUGAAUUGUAAA